UUCUGCUGCGUGAUGCAUUGUAACAAUAUUGUAGCCGCAUUGUGUAGCAUUUGCUUCUCGGAACUAAUUUGCCGCCCUGAUCGGCCAGCUUCACACAAAGUGGCACAUUGAUUACACUGAAAAUGGAUGUAUUUCUUAUGAUAAGACGGAAGAAUUGGACCAUCUUCACUGAUGCCAAGGAGACGAGCACCGUGCAUGAACUGAAACGUAUCAUCGAGGGCAUCAUCAAGAGGCCGCCAGAGGACCAGAAGCUCUUCAAAGACAAGGAGGAGCUGGACAACACCAGGACGUUGGGGGACUGUGGACUGACGAGCAACACAGCCAAGGCACAAGCACCAGCAACGCUAGGAUUAGCCAUUAAAUUAGAGGGCGACACGGAUGAGUUUGAGACACUAGACUUGGUCCCCUACUCCAAUCCCCCUGAGCUCCCCGACGUCAUGAAGUCGUCGGAGCCUUCCACAACAAACACAGUAGAGCCACCUGUAUCAUAGAGCAGGCAGUGACGUUUGGGUACCAGUGACACUAUACCAUAGCAGACUAACACCAGCAAAAUACAUAAAAAUUCGCACAAGGUAUGUUCUUGAAAGAGCAACCCACCAAGAUAGAGGCGUGGAUUCUCUGUGAAAGAUAUGCUACUUUUUCUGUUUUUGGAAAUCUUAUUUUUUGUGUUUCAUUGUUAAGAACAGUGUAAAAAAAAGCAAACGUCUGCCCACUUUACCACUUGUUCCCUGUUUUAUUUACCCCCAAGGCGUUCCUCCCCAUUUAAAUUUCCUCCACAAGAGAGUACCGAAGUGUGACGUCACUGUGAACUAGAAAGUGCAGUGCAAACCAAUGGAGUACGCGCGUGUGUUGGUUGAUGCGCUGGUUCUCGCGCUAAUGCCUUUUACACACUAAUUGUGCACGUGACGUAUUCAGUUCGGUACUCAAUUCAAGGGAAGUUUGAAAAGAGGGCUUCAGUUAUAUUCCAUAUUCCAUAGCAACAAGAUCCACAUCAUUUCAUGCUGAAGUCCUGGGCCUUUACAGAUAUGUAUCGUAAAUUACAUGAAUUUUUUCAACAUGGUUUGCCAAGAGCAUCUAUUAAUUCGGUGAACAUUUUUAGGUUUUGUAAAGUGAAAAAUAGUAUAAACAUCACUCACAAACUGGUUUCCGUUUUCAAAUCCAUAAUCUGAACUUUUACUUCAUCCAGUAUUAAAUAUUCAAAACUCUAAAAAUGUUAAUUAAUACAUUGGUUACAGUUCUUGGAUAUGGAAUGGAUCAUUUUCAUGGAGGACUUCUCCUUUUUAUCUCAUAACAAAACAACGGCAUCUGCUCUACUUCAACAUAUACAUGUAAUUUAAUCAACCUUAAAUAUAGCUGUUCUUGAUACUGUGUGAAAGAGUGUUAACGUAAAUGAUAUACCCAAAAUGUCUCCAUUGCUCACUGUCGCCAAUUUAAAAUGUAAACUUUGCACUAUUUUGUCAGUCUUGCAUAUUGAAUGCAGUUGCUUGUAUCUAUGUGGUUGUAUACGGUGAACGAUACAAUUUUUUUGUAUAAAGAUUGCCUGUUUUCGUGCUUUUUAAAAUGAUGCUAUGGUGUCUCCGUGGAUUUAGUCUUGCAUUUCUGAGUAAAGUGCUAAUUGGUUAUACAAUGUAGAUAGUGAUAUCCUGUUCAUUGCUGCUUGAACAAUGAAAUCGCAGAGACAUCGCAGUUUACCAUGCCACAAAGUGCUUCCUCAUUAAAUGAUCUUGAACUCAUUGAAGCAGUUUCCUAGUCGAGUUGUCAGUUUUAACAAGGACCCAUGACAAGCCAUCAAAUCAAACCACUUGAUAUUCAAAUUUAAGUGUGACGGUGCAUUCCUUCAUCAGCGUUUAUCUCUUAAUUGUGACUGGGUUGGACAAAUGACUUGUGAUGGAAUAAGCAAGUUCGGUAUUUCAACAAAGCCUGCUCAUGAUGGGAAGCUCAAAGGCACCACUUGGGAACUGAUAUUUCACUUCUCUUUGGGCUUUGUUUGAUGGAGAUGUUUGACUUAGUAUUUCUCUUUACUCCGUGGUUAGUUCAUAAUGCUUGUAAAUUGCUAGAUAUUGUAAAUAACAUCAUUGAAUUAGGUCUUGCCUUUGUUUUUGAGUUAAGACAUUCUGUACCUCUGAAUUGUAGUGCUGGCCUCGUUAUAAUAUGGAUGUAUUAUGGGAGCAAACCUUAUAAUACAUGUACAACCCACACUGAUAGAGAAUAAUUUGGACUAAAAUUUAUUUCAAAGUGUUGAUGUCUUUUCCCUCCUUUUACUUUUUUUUUUCAAUUUUUACUGGGGGUGGGGUAGGGGUGGUGUUGGAGUAGAGCACACCCCACCAGAAUUAUAGGGGGGUGAAAACAUUCAGGGGUGUGACUUGAAAUUUACAAAGCCCACAAAUUCAUUAAUAAUCUGGAUAUUCUUGUCAAGCACUGCUCUGAUUCGUCAAAGAAUGCCCAUUGCAGUAAAGUGAGUUGGUGUUAACCCUUCACAACAGUAGGGAGUGUGUUUUGAACAUGAUCUAGUUUCUGGAAGACAGAUGACACAACAGCUAUCCUUGGUUCCCUCAGUUCCCUCAGUUCCCAGUCUUCCAACAAGUGAAGGCGAUUGAAGACUGUUACGGCUGAAGGGUGCACUCACAACUGAUUUCUAUAUUUUUCUGCCUGUUUUUGGAAAAUAAAACAACCAGAAACACAUCA